UUUUUAUGAUGAAAAUUGGGAAUUUCGCUUUUGGUUCUAUCUCGCUUGUCCCACUGCAACUGUGUUGAUUCUAUAUAUAACGACUGAUGAAGAAUGGAGGUUUUCAAGAUUCAGAUCGGAUCCUUCUUAAGAUUCAGAUCAGAUCUUACUGCAAGUAAGUACAGUGGGUUGUUUUUAUUUUGUGGGUCAGAACAAGUGUGGAUUCUCUUGCACUCUUUGAGAAAUAGUAUUUUGGGGGAGAAUAGUGUUUUGGGGGAGAUUUGAUGGUUUUGCAUGAGAAGGGUUCUUCAGGGCUUUCCUGUUUUGUAGAAAAAUUUUCUGGGUUUUCUGUGUUUUUAUUGGAAAUGUCAUUAUUUGUUUCAUGCAAGGUGCGUUGAAGCCUUCUUUCCGGGUUUUGGGUUCCUGUGAAAUUUGAAUAAAAUUUCUUCGUCCACUUCUGUUUGCGCCUUUUAUGUUUUGAUCUUGGUUUUUGCCUUGGUUGGUAUAAAAGGCGUUUCUUUGUUUCAAUUUCUUUCUGUUUUGAGGGAAAUGAGAUCUUCUUUUCGGUUUUAUUUAAGUUUGCGUUGGAAGCAUUGAUGGCUGUUCAACUUUGGUUUCAAGUUCGAAGUUGGGGAUUGGGGUCAAUGUCCUUUUAGAGGUUAGUCAAUAUAGAUUAGUAGGGGAUUCCUUUUUAAUUUUUUCUUAUCCAACAGUGUGGAAUCUUUAGCUCGUUUUAGAAUCUUGAUUUGGUGACACCCUUUUUUAAAAAAUUUCAGGGUAGAGAAGAGGACACACAUUUAGCUCAUUCGGAAAUUGGGUGGUGGAUUGGUGUGUUUGAUGUAAUUUCUGGGCUUUUCAGGUUUGUCUUUUUUUUUUUUCCCCAUUAUAUCUGGUUUGGUGUUUUGAAAACCUUUGGUGGGUGUGUAUUUGCAGUUGAGGUGGAUCUAUUAACUGGCAGAAAACGAAACUUGCCUAUUGUCGAUUCUAGGGUUUCUAGGGUUUUUGCCAUAGGGUUUUUAGUUUUGGGGUUUGGAAUGAUGGUUUUAGGGUGACUGUUCGUUGAAUGGGGAUUCAGACAAUGGGGUCUCAAGGUGGUGGGGGUGGUGGUGGGCAGCAGUUGGCUCGUCAAAGCUCGUUGUAUACACUUACUCUAGAUGAGGUUCAGAAUCAAUUAGGUGACCUGGGGAAACCGCUGAGCAGCAUGAACUUGGAUGAGCUUCUCAAGAAUGUGUGGACGGCUGAGGCUAACCAGGCCAUGGGAAUGGAUGCUGAGAAUGUUACCUCGGCUGGACAACUUGUUUCAGCUUCUGCUUCGGCUUCGGUUUCGGUUUCAGCCCUGCAGCGUCAGGCGAGCCUGACAUUAAGUAGAGCUCUGAGCAAGAAGACUGUAGAUGAAGUUUGGAGAGAUAUCCAAGGGCAGAAGAAGAACAAUGAAGAGAAAAAAGUCCAGGAAAGGCAGCCUACUUUGGGGGAGAUGACAUUGGAAGACUUCUUGGUGAAAGCAGGUGUUGUUGCUGAAGCUUCAACUGAGAAACAGAAUGCUGGGCCUGCCAUGGGGGCUGAUUCAAUGGCUGUGUCUCCACAAAGUUUCCCACAACAAGCUCAGUGGUUGCAGUACCAGAUCCCUUCAGUGCAGCAGCAGCAACAGCAGCAGCCACAGCAACAACAUCCGCAGCAAAAGAUGAUGGGUAUUUAUAUGCCAGCCUGUCCAGUUCCACCGCCUUUGGAUGUGGCGUAUCCUGACAGCCAAUUGGCUAUAUCACCCCCUUUGAUGGGCACAUUAUCAGAUACACAGACACCAGGCCGGAAACGGGUUGCCCCAGGAGAGGUCAUGGAGAAGACUGUUGAGAGGAGACAGAAGAGAAUGAUCAAGAAUAGGGAGUCUGCAGCCCGAUCACGAGCUAGGAAGCAGGCAUACACAAAUGAGCUGGAGAACAAAGUUUCACGUCUGGAAGAGGAGAAUGAAAGGCUUAAGAAACAAAAGGAACUGGAGAAGAUGUUGCCAUGUGCACCGCCACCUGAACCUAAGUAUCAACUUCGAAGGACGAGCUCUGCCCCUUUCUGACUAGUGUGUUUAUAUGAAAGUUUUGUAGAAUUGUGUGGGGUAUAUUUCCUUGGAUGGUUCCACUAAAAUCACUGGAUAACCCUUGUUUCCAAACCUCCAUACAUGUUGGGCUAUCGUUGUAAAUUUAUGGGAAGGGCCUUGGAACUUUUCUUCUCAGAGGUGCUUGUUGCUUCUCUGCUGUUGUUACUCUUUGCUUUUCCCUACAUGAGGUGUUGAGCUUAUGUACAUUUAUUAAUAACUUGAAGUUUAUCAGAUGCAGUAAUUGGAUUUGGUGUA